UUCAUUCAUGGAAAAAUGGUGAAAUUUUUAGCUCCGAACUCCCUUCUCCUCUCAACCCUCGUAUCCUUUCUCUAUUUUAAACCAAAAUACACUCUCGAUUCUAUUUUCUAAUCCAUCGAUUCCCGCAACUUUUAUGUAGAAAUCUAUUAAUCGAACAGUUACAGUUCAUUAUCUGGUUAAAAUCGAUUCCUUCUGCAGUGAUUAAUUUACUGGCGAAGGAAGAUAAGGGAGAACAAUCGAAUUUAAUCGGCUUCGAAGUUCGAGAAACUUGGGGAAGAAGAUAAUGUCUCGUUUUGAGGGAGUUAUUGUUUCUGAUCAUUGGCUUCAAAGUCAGUUCACUCAACUUCAACUUCAUAGCCUCAAAUCCAAGUUUAUAGCAGUAAAGAAUCAAAAUGGUCAAGUUGUUGUUGGGGAUUUGCCGGGUUUGCUUUUGAAAUUGAAGCCGUUUUGCGGAAUGUUUAAAGAGGAUGAAAUAAGGGAUGUUUUAUGUUCGUCCGGUUCUGAUGUUAACAAUGAAGUGGAAUUUGAAGGUUUCCUCAGGGCUUACGUAACUCUACAAUCACACGCUGCAACAAAAUCGCCCGAUUCAAAGAACUCAUCUUCGUUUCUUAAAGAGACAACGACAACGCUACUUCACACGAUCGAUGAAUCCGAAAAACAAUCUUAUGUUGCUCAUAUCAAUAGCUAUCUUAGGGAUGAUCCAUUUAUGAAGCAGUUUCUUCCUAUAAAUCCAGCCACCAAUGGUUUGUUUGAGCUUGCUAGAGAUGGAGUUCUUCUAUGUAAACUUAUCAAUGUUGCUGUGCCCAAUACGAUAGAUGAACGAGCUAUCAAUACGAAGAGAAUACUUAAUCCUUGGGAAAGAAACGAAAAUCAUACUCUUUGUCUCAAUUCCGCUAAGGCGAUAGGCUGUACGGUGGUAAAUAUUGGCACAGAAGACCUCGUCGAGGGAAGACCUCAUCUGGUACUCGGCCUGAUUUCUCAGAUCAUAAAGAUACAACUCUUGGCGGAUCUCAACCUUCGGAAGACACCCCAGCUUGUGGAAUUGGUGGAGGACAACAAUGAUGUUGAGGAGCUAAUGGGAUUAGCACCCGAAAAGCUCUUACUAAAAUGGAUGAACUUUCAUCUUAAGAAAGCAGGAUACAAGAAACCCGUAACAAAUUUUUCGUCUGAUCUUAAGGAUGGAGAAGCUUAUGCGCACCUGCUUAAUGUUCUUGCACCAGAAUAUGGCAGCCCAGCCACUCUCGAUGCCAAAGAUCCCACCGAAAGGGCCGAUUUGGUACUUGAGCAUGCCGAGAAAAUGGAUUGCAAAAGAUACUUAACUCCAAAGGACAUAACCGAAGGCUCGGCAAAUCUAAAUCUUGCAUUUGUUGCCCAAAUAUUCCACCAAAGGAAUGGUCUAUCUACCGAUAGCAAAAAGAUUUCUUUUGCCGAAUUAAUGACGGAUGAUGAACAAAUGUCUAGAGAAGAGAGGUGUUUCAGACUCUGGAUCAAUAGUCUUGGAAUUUCUUCUUACGUAAACAAUUUGUUUGAGGAUGUCAGAAACGGAUGGGUACUUUUGGAAGUUCUAGACAAAGUUUCUCCAGGAUCCGUUAACUGGAAGCAUGCAACAAAACCUCCUAUAAAAAUGCCGUUUAGAAAACUCGAGAAUUGCAAUCAAGUUAUUAAGAUAGGAAAACAGUUGAAAUUCUCCCUCGUGAACUUAGCCGGGAAUGAUUUCGUUCAAGGGAAUAAGAAGCUCAUACUUGCUUUCUUGUGGCAGUUGAUGAGAUUUCACAUGCUUCAACUUUUAAAGAACUUGAGAUCAAGCUCUCAAGGGAAGGAGAUAGCUGAUGCCGAUAUUUUGAAGUGGGCGAACAAAAAAGUGAAGAACACCGGCAGAACUUCUCAGAUGGACAGUUUUAAGGAUAAGCAGCUUUCAAGUGGGAUAUUCUUCCUUCAGCUUCUGAGUGCAGUCGAGCCCCGCGUUGUCAACUGGAACCUCGUAACCAAGGGCGAAAGUGAUGACGAGAAGAAGCUAAAUGCAACUUACAUAAUCAGCGUUGCCCGAAAGCUUGGAUGCUCGAUAUUCUUGUUACCCGAAGAUAUCAUGGAAGUGAACCAGAAGAUGAUACUAAUGCUCACAGCAGCCAUCAUGUACUGGAGCCUGCAGCAAUCGAGGGACGAAAGCGAAUCGUCUCCGUCAUCAGUUGCUGCUACUCCUUCAGUUUCUGGCGAUGAGGAUAACUCUGUCGGCGCUGAGAUAUCAAACUUGUCGAUCGAUGAUGCGGGAUCUGAUACUACCGUGUUUAUUCUGAUUGAUCUUCUGGUUUUCGUUUCGAACGCCGUCGUCGGAGCGGUGGCCGGAGUCGAGCUUGAGCCACCGUCGGACGAGCCGUACCUAUCGACCUCCUUACAAGACUUCUGGGGUCGUCGAUGGAACCUCAUGGUAACAAAUAGCCUGCGACACACAGUAUACAAACCCGUGAAAUCUGUUCUUCCGGCGAAGGAUUGGGCGACUGCGACGGCGGUCAUCGCGACUUUUAUCGUCUCCGGUUUGAUGCACGAAUUACUGUUUUACUAUGUGGUACCUGUGAGUCCCACGUGGGAAAUGACGUCGUUUUUUGUGCUCCACGGGAUCUGUCUCGUUGUGGAGCUAAAGGUGAAGAGAGCAAUGGCCAGAAAAUAUGAAUUCCCGACGGUGGUUGCAAGGCUGUUGACGGUGGGGUUUAUAAUUUUGACGAGCUUUUGGUUGUUCUUUCCGCCGUUGAUCAAGAGUGGUGCUGAUGUCAAAGCGUUGGAGGAAUUUAAAUUCUUUGUUGAUUACGUGAAAAACUUGUUUACUUCGCCGUGGAUGUGAUCGCCACCGUCUCUGGCGGCGGCGGUGAUUGUCUGAAAAGUCCUCUGCACGAUGGCUGCAUGAACAGUUCAAACAGAUAUUCUUGUGAUAUCGACACUGUAUCAAUUAAGCUUGUAUUAAUUAUAAUUGUUUGUUACUUGAAUUAAAUUUGUAUCAAUUUUCAUUUUGUUAACCAUAAAUUAUG